CUGAUGGAUUGUGAAAUACGUCUUUAUUUCCUCAUACGUUUGCUUUUUUGAUUAAUGCUCUAUUUAUUGUUGUUCAUAUUAACUCCUCUGCUGGUUUAUUACAGUUUAAAGUUAUUGCUUUAUUUAUUAAUAGAUUUAAUACCGAAUUGAUUUUGGCUGUUUUCCUCAAUCGGAUGGAAAACUACACUUUCAACAGCUUUGUGCUGCAGAUGGAGGGCAUAAAUGUCACAAAGGAUUUACUUUAUACCAUAUUUUUCUUGUUAUUAACUUUCUACAUUGUUACCAUGAUCCUUAACGUGGGAUUUCUGAUUCUAACCGUUAUUGACAAGAACCUUCAUCAGCCUAUGUAUCUUCUUUUUUGCAACCUGACUGUUAGUGACAUAGUUGGAAGCUCUCAGAUCUUUCCUAGGAUGUUGUCGGAUCUUCUGAAGCCUCCGUCGGAGCGCCUCAUUGGUUAUUAUGAGUGUGUGAUUCAGGCUUUUGUUAAUCAGUGGUUUAGCAGUACCUCCCACACGGUGCUGAUGGUCAUGGCCUUCGACAGGUACGUGGCCAUCUGUUAUUCUCUGCGUUACUCAGCCAUCAUGAACAACAGCAUGGUGAUGAAGCUUUCAUUGUCUGCCUGGGCAGUGCCUCUAAUUUUUGUUGUGGUUUUGAUUGGACUCUCAGUGAGACUGAACAGAUGCAGGACUCUGGUCUCCAACCCUUACUGUGACAAUGCCUCUUUGUUUAAGCUUUCCUGUGACAGUGUCGUUAUCAAUAACAUAUAUGGCCUUUUUUACACGGCGGUGCUUUUGGGGUCAUCUGUCGGCUGCAUCCUUCUGACCUACGGGAAGAUUGUAGUGGUUUGUUUUACCAGCAAGAACAAGUCAUUGAACAGAAAGGCCUUCAAAACCUGCAGCACUCACCUGGUUGUGUAUCUCAUCAUGUUCUUCAGUGGGUUUACUGCAAUCGCUCUGCACCGCUUCCCUCAGUACUCUGACUACAGAAAAAUAACCUCUCUUCUGUUUUUUGUUGUACCCGGCAGCCUCAACUCCAUCAUCUAUGGGGUUCAGUCCAAAGAAGUAAGAUCCUUUUUAUCUAAAAUUUUUAUAUCCAACAGAAACAAGUGAGAUUGACGUUUGUUUAUUAUUUUGAUUUAUCAAAUAACCUUCCGAAGCAAGUUGUAGAAUAAGUUACUUCUGACAAUGACUGAAACAAGAAAGGUUGAAGCAGAAAAUUAGUGCUCUACAUCUAGGAGGGGCUCAUGCUGAUGGAAGCAUGUUUGAGUUUUAUAAAGCUUGAAAUCAUAUUUGCAGUCUUCUUGAUUUGUGCCUCAAAAUAAGAAAAAAAAACAUCAGGUUUAAUUGUGAGAACAAAUAAUAAAAACUGACAGCUGAAUAGUGGAAAUAUGAACAUUAUCAAGACAAGGGCUUAGAAAACAUAAUACAUAAUCAGUU